AUAGAGCCUGGCGCAUGUAUAACGGUAGUGAGGUGUAGAGUAGGCUACAACAGUAGUUAGUCAUAGGCCCUACACCUACAGAGAAAAUAAACUUGAUUUUCUAGACUACAACCAUUUCCUCGUGGAUUCCCUAGGUAAGUCUUUCUGCUACAGAAAUCUUAAUUUUAAUGCAAUGUUUUCUUAUUUGUUUCUUCACGAUGUCUAAAAGAAUCCAUGUAGGCUACUGUGGAUGCAAGCUUUACGCAUAAAAUGAUGGUUGCAUUAUCCAAGCUAGUCUUGCAACAUUGAGUUUGGGUAUGUUUGGAUAAUUGUUUAACGUUCUGCAUGCUGCGCCCUGAAAGUGGAAUCGUUUUUACUACUUGUCUGCGCUGUGCGCUCAGGGGAGCGGUCGGGUCAGCUACUGCUUUUUCUCAGAGAAGCACGAGAUAAUGUCAGUAUGCUGAUCUAUUCGGGUUCGGGAGCAAGUUCGCGCAACUAAUGCCACUCAAAAACAAUAGUCGUGAAAAGAAGUCAGAAACAGAAGUAUUGUGUCAAUAUAUUUGCUUAUUAUAUAGGCUUCAUAAUGGUAUUACUCAUGUGAUAUUACGCGUUGGAACCAGUCCAAAGGAAACCUCUAGCCCACUCUGUUGUGAUGAUCUGUUCAAACUGGCCAGAGGUGUUGUCUUGUGUGUCCUAGAAUAGAAAGUCACUAAGGUUGUGGUCAGGGACAGGUGAGUUAUAAUCCGGGAUCUCCUCUUAUCUCAAAUCCACUACAAUCUACAAUGCACCUCUCCAGACACACGGCCACCCUCACUAGAAUAAUGCGUAGCCUAAUAAACCCUUAAUUUCAGGUGUGUUAAUGAUAACGGUGUCCAUUUACUACCUAGCCUAUGUAUCAUGUUUCGCUGGAAAUUCCCUGUCGUGUUUAUCAGAUUUGGCUUUAUGUGUAUUAUAGUUUACCCAACUCUGUUUAAUUCGUUAACCGGAUUAGUGGCAAGGGUUCAGCAGGUGUCCUCGGUAGCCUCUCCCGGUCCCGGCACGUGUCCCAGUCAAUCGUUUUGGACAUGCUCCGCGCUAAUUGUUUUGACCACAGAAAUAGAAAACGCGGGUUCACCUGUUGUGAAAGUGUUACAAUCACGUUUAGGUUCAGUGGCUCAAUUGCCUCAUUCAAAACUCCCAUCUUUGUGUAAAAAUAUGGUGCAUAAGUAUUGGCGUGUAGGCCUAAAUUCUUGUGUCAAUUCUGAUCUAAACCAUUUAGUCUACAUGACAAGUUACAAGUUCAGGUCUAACGGGAAGGGGCUUUUAGUGGCCAGCCCUUCUCUUGGAGAGCUACUGGGUAUGCAGGCUUUCGCUUCAACCCAACUAUAACACACCUAAUUCAACUAAUCAAGUUCCUGAGCAUCACCUUAUUAGUAGAACCAGGUGUAUUAGGGCAGGGUUGGAACAAAACCCUACAGGAGGGUAACUCCACCUGAUUAAGGCCAGCCCGAGUGGCGCAGUGGUCUAAGGCCGUUGCAGUGCUAGCUGUGCCACUAGAGAUCCUGGUUCAAAACCAGGCUCUGUCGUAGCCGGCCGCGACCGGGAGACCCAUGGGGCGGCGCACAAUUGGCCCAGUGUCGUCCAGGGUAGGGGAGGGAAUGGCCGGCAGGGAUGUAGCUCAGUUGGUAGAGCAUGGCGUUUGCAACGCCAGGGUUGUGGGUUCGUUUCCCACAGGGGGCCAGUAUAUAAAAAAUAAUGUAUGCACUCACUAACUGUAAGUUGCUCUGGAUAAGAGCGUCUGCUAAAUGACUAAAAUGUAAAUGUAAAAUGUAAGGAUAAGUCCUUUCAAGGGGUUAUUAUAAGGUGAUGGCAUAGUGCCUCCAAAAUAACCCCAAAAACCAACCAGCUGUGAAAAUCCUUUGUUGGCAACAUUUCCAAACACCCAGCAUCAUUGUUAUUCUGCUGUGUCCUCCUUGGAAAGUUGAUGAAUUGCAUCAUCUUUUGGCCCCUUUCCCCUGCUGCCUCCGUCACAAAAAGUACAGAAAAGGUACAGUAAAUCCCUCUUGUACAUCAAACUAGCUGCAGGGUGCAGGCCAGGGGGGUGCUGCUGAUUCAACACCACUGGGGCCGAACGGUCGAUCAGUGGGCUGUGAAAAAAUGCUCUCAGAUGCUGCUUUACAUCUCCAUGGGAUAUCUGUCUGACACCAAGGCCGUGAUCAAGAUGCAUCGGCCCACACAAAACAUGUCACUGCAGUUUUUGUCUCUCUUGUACUCAUGGUCUCUCUCUUUUCUCUCUCUCUCUCUCUCCUGCUAUGUAUCUCUCUCUUUCCCUCUCUCUCCUCUCUGCUAUUAAUUUCUCUCUUUUCUCUCUCUUUCUUUCAAACCAGGCCAACUGCAAUGUAGUGAUAUAAAAGUUGCACAGUACACACACAGUUUUGAUAUGGGGAUAGUUUACAGUUUUUCUCGAUUGCUAAGACAUUUCUUGAAAGCUGCUCUCCUUUUCUCUUAACUGUGAACACAAAACCCAAUUUUCAAGCUACAGUCACAAAACCUCAGACUCUUCUUGCAAAACCAAACUUUCACCUCAAAACAGUUCAAUCUGUGCUCAAAACUGAACUAUGUUGUCAAAUCGUGCCCCGAGUCAAUCAAAAUAAAAAAACACUACUGAACAGUCACUAAACACUACGUAGAAAAAUAGAAAACACAAUGCUCAGGACAUGAAGCUGGAGAAAUAAAUGUUUAUUGUUCACUGUAGGCUAAAUGCAUGUUGCAAAAAAAACCUGUGCAUUUAGCACUUGUACAAAAAGACAAAACAGAAAUCUUGUGCAUUUACAUGUAGCACUUGUAAAAACAAACAGAAAUCUUAUGCGUUUGCCACUUGUGUACAGUAAGCCCAUGUAAAAAGAAAGUACAAAAAUAUACAAAUAAGUGCAUUACUCAGCCACAGCAUCAUGUCUCCGUACUGGGUCAGGCCACAGGACUUCAUCCACAUCACAGGCCACAUUUUGUCUGGCCAGGCAACGGGGGAAAAAACCCCUGGCAUGCCGUAUCCAGGCUUGGCAUGCCUCCACACCUAUGUCACCACAGGCAAGUCCCAUGGCUUGCAGGAGAUUUACCCUGGUGUAAGGUUGGCGUUCAUAUACCUUCCACCGCCAUGAGGAGAAUAAUUCCUCAAUGGGGUUUAGGAAAGGGGAGUACGGUGGAAGGCAAAGAUUGAUAAAACCUUGGUUCAUAUUGUACCACUCUCUAACCUGGAGGGCUCUGUGAAAACUCACAUUGUCCCAAACAACAACAUAGAUGGGAUGCUCAUCCUGCUGCCCUAACAAAGCAUCUCGCAUGUGAUUGAGGAAAAUGAGGAGCUGGUGAGUGUUGUAGGGCCCCAGGUUGGCAUGAUGGUGGACAACCCCAUGAUUGCUGAUGGCAGCACAUAAUGUGACAUUGCCACCACGCUGCCCAGGAACACCAACAAUGGCCCGAUGGCCAAUCACAUUACGGCCUCUCCUCCUUUUGGUGAGAUUAAACCCAGCUUCAUCCAUGUAGAUGUAUUGAUGGGGUCUUUCCAUUGCAUCCAGUUGAAAAACCCUCUGUAGAAAUAGAUAUAGUUUUGUAAGUGAUACGGAAAAAGUGAUUUAGGCCACUACAGUAAAUCACUACUUAGAGUAAUCAACAUUGAAUGUGUCUGGAUAUAUGCCAACCUGUACAUACUGGAAUCUUUGCUCUUUGACUGUCUGAGUUACGAUCAAAGGGCACUCUGUAUAGCUGUUUCAUGCGCAGUCUGUUGCGCUUGAGGACACGAUCAACAGUAGAGAGGCUGACACUGUUGAUACCCUCAAAAUUUAAAUGGUCCUCAAUGAUCUUCUGCUGAAUUUCGCUCAGUUUAAUGGCAUUGUUCUCACGGACCAUAUCAACAAUUAGGGUCUCUUGGUGUGGGGAGAACAUACCUGUCCUCCCACCCCCAUGUGGCAGUCUUUCAAUUCUACAAAAAGAGAACAUGGAGUUACAAAAAAUAUACAUGGAAUACUAGGCCUACAAACAGUUAGACCAACCCUCCAUUACAAUACUACAUUGGUACAGUGAUGUACUGAAACAUAUAUUUACUUACAGUAUACUGUGGUACAGUAUAUAGUAUGUCAUACAGUAAUUGCUGUCAACAUUUACAUACUGUACUAUAAUGUCAAAAAAAGGUAAUUACCUGUUCUCUUCUCUAAAUCUUCAGAUUAUGGUUGACACAGUGAAUCUACUGAUGUUUGGUUGUACCCUUUGUCCAGCCUUCCUCAUGCUCAUACCAUGGACAAGAACAUGGUCAAUCACAGUAGCUCUGAUUUCAUCAGAUAUUACUGUUCUUUGUCUUCGCUGACCACCUCGACCUCCUCUCACACGAACUCUUCCUCUCAGAUUUCUAUCCAUUGUAGGGCCUCACAAACCAGUGCUCUCUGAACUGGCUUACUGUAUAUGUUCCCUCACAUCAUUAGCCACAAGUGUGAUCAAUUUUGAGUUGUUGUGUUCAAGUGGUGACACCUGUGCUCUAAUUGUGUUUGACUUUUAUCACCUGUGCUCACCAUUAUGCAGCACGGGUGCAUCACAAUGAAAAGGUGUUGGCAAGUUAUGUCUAAACAGGUGAAAAGUGCUUAUGGUUUUGCCAAAAGAGUGAUUGAUUCAAUCAGUGGGUUCAGGCAACUGAGCAUUUGGUUCAGACAAUAGGGUUUAGUGUUUUAGCAAUUGAGAAAAACUGUAGUGUUAGCACACAGUUAGGCAACACACUACCAGGAUACACUUCCACACUCCAUCCCCAGGUGGCAGCACCAACCGGGUCAAGGGCUGUGCUCUGCAAGGAAGCCUCUGCCAUAAGCACAACAGGUGGUGGCAAUCAAGAUUGAUUGGCAAUCUGUGACCAGAGGUAUCUAGGCCUGCCAGUUUCUGUAGUUGUUUUGUGUUAGUUAACCUCUUUAUUUUAGUCAUGCCUCUUUGUAGUUUUCUUUUUGUAUAUAUUUAUUUUGGGUCACUAUGUUGAACGAAUACUAAUCUGCUUGGACUGGCUGACCAUGGGAGUCAUGACUGAGCUGUCCCCGGACUAGCCCUUGAUCAUGACUCUCAGUUCCAUUACAUUACACAUAAGAGUCAUUGGACAAAGGCGUUUUCUGUAGGGGGGAGUUUUGUUAAGAGCCGCAAUGCUCUGUCUGAACAUUAACACGCAUCACUUGCGGUACGGUUUUGGAAGCAUAAGGACCUUAUCUUUAUUUUUUCUUGUAAUAAUAUUUACUUUAAAAAACAACCAUAUUUUUUCACACCAGAUACAUAAAAAAACAACGACUACAUCUCCUCUGCCCAGGCCCACAUGCUCACACCCCGUUCCCUAGUGCCUGCAUUAUUGUUUGCCACAUAGCCUUAAAUUGUACCAAUUCGUUUUUCUCAGUGGCCCAUGCUAUUUCAAUAUUCAGAUAAUAAAUCAUUAGAUUUUCCCAUUGUGUUAAUGAUGGUGGAUUAAUUGAUUUCCACGUUUUUUAUGUUUUUUCAAGAUGAAUGAUGAGAAGCGAAUCGUCCAGCCCAUUGGGUAUCUCACUCACCCCCAUAUGUCAUGACUUGAAAUAUAAGGACCUUAUCUUUCAUAUCGACGAGAAAUCAUUUUCGCAAAACAAAAGGUUAACCUUUAUAGGGUUAGGGUUCCCACACAGCCAUAUUUCCAUGCUACAGUGCUUGUUUAUGGAAAACAGACAGAACACAGUGGACUACCUGUGCUAAUUAGCUAUCUGCUUCUCCGAACUCCUGUGUGUAAACAGAAGACAGAUGCCAAAAACGUGUUGUCACUGAACUAUACUGUUGGCUGCAACUGUGUUGAAACAGGUUAAAACAGUGUACAGUAAGUGUGUAUUUUGCAUUUGUGAAAUUAUUUUGAUGUGAUAUGAAAGUAGAGGGAUUUAUGUUUCUAGAACCAUACUGCAAUUGAGAAUUGAUUCUUGUUUAGAUGGAGUAUUUGGCUGUUUUGGCUUCCAGAGCCAAUUUGCCCUUUAAACAGAACAUGUAAGGUUCUUGGACUAAGGAGUAACGUUAGGCUCCUUUAGUCCAAUAUUGGGCUAGCCCUGGACCUAAGGUAAGGUGGUUGUCUCCUAGGUACAUGCAUUCAACACCUGGUCACAUACACUUACUUCUCACAUUUAUGCACACAUCAAAUCAGGUUACAGACCAUGCACUGUAGCUAGGCCUAAGACCCCUAGACAUAAUGAGUGCAAAAAAAAUCAGUAGGCUAGUUAUUGGUUUCGUAACAACACACACACACACACAUCGAUUUAAGGUGCCAUUGGAGCCCAGUCAGCUGUAGAUCAGGCCUAGCACUGACAGAAUGAGUGCCAGCGCAUAAUAAAGUUGUGUAUCACUGCGCCAGCAUAAUGAAGCUGUGUAUCACUGUGCCACAGGGCCUCUCUCUCCCCCCAGCUGCCAACAUGAUGAAGGAGUGCCUCCAGUUCCUCAUCGAGCCGGCGAAAAAAAUCAAGAUCCGCCUCAAGGUACGACCCUGGGUCACCUCAACUCUCAGACACCUCGUAGCCCUUUCCUGCAGUCAAAUGACCUAGUGGCCUCAUGGGUGGAAUGUUAUUAAUAUUUUUCAUAAUUUCAUAAUUAAUAAACAUACAAAUAAAAAACGCUGAAAAUCUGGUGUUUCUAUGUCAAACGGUUUUGUUAUAUUUCAGUCUUCUGUGAUGUAUAUAAAGUGUAAUAUUGGGAUGCAAACUCAAAAUAUAAUACAUUUCAACUCUAUAUCUGACAUGGUACAGGUGUCUUCUUUUUUUAAGCCCAUAACCAUGUAUGUGAGGUGUAUACGUUUGUUUCAAAGGAGAUUUGUUUAAGACCACCAAGAAACACUCUGUGUGACUGAUUUAGCCCACUGCAGUAUAAGGGUAAUAGUACUGAUAUUUGUCCUUGUCAAGAUGUACUCAAGAGAAAUAAAUGAUUGGUUAAUUUCCCUUUUGUGGUUUAUCUGUGUAGCAGUGCUGCAUGAUUGCUGCAAAUUAUUAAUUUUUUUUACCCUUCUCUCUUUUUCUCUCUCAUCCAUUGCUCUCUCUGUUCUAGGAGUCUCGUAAGAAAGUGACGAAUGAUAAGAAAGAACCUUUAGUGGAGAGUCAGCUGUUUAUAAUGGAGCUGGCCAGGGAACUCAACAGACUGUGCCAGGUACACACAUACACAGAGACACACACACAUGCACACAACCGCUCUCUCUCUACUAUUAACUCUCUCUCUUUGCAGAGGUCAAAUGUCCUAGCCCACAUUUGGACCAGUGAAGACUCCUGGCCUCCCAGUGUGUGUAGAGAAUUCAUAGUGGAGUGGGCUGCUGUGCUGGAGAAUAGAGUACAGGUGAGCACCCAUAUUUGAAAGAAGUGAAACUAAGUUUUCUUGAAAUGAAUCCUUUGUCAUUGUUCUCUUUGUUUAUAAACUAUUAUCAGGCCUUGAUGUGAGACUUGUUAAUGUAGUUUUUACUUAAUGAUCUCUUUAUUGACCCAUGUCCUUUGCUUUUGCAGCCAAGGAGCAUCCAGACAGACCUGCAGGCUGAGUGGCCAGAGAAAAGGGACUGGAAGGGUCACCUGUUGUGUAUGCUGGAGACAGGUGGAGAGUAUGACAUGGCAACCAACAAACGGGUCAUCAUGGACUGGACACACCAGCUCAGAAACAGACUAGAGGUAUGGAACAGGGGAGGGAUUGGGUCACUAGAGUCCAACGACAGGAGGUUGGUGGCACCUUAAUUGUGAAGAACAGGCUCGUGGUAAUAACUGGAGCGGAGUCAGUGGAAUGGUAUCAAAUACAUUAUACACAUUUCCAGGUGAUUGAUGCCAUUCCAUUUGCGCCGUUCCUGACAUUAUUAUGAGCCGUUCUCCUCUCAGCAGCCUCCUGUGAGUCCAAUGUAUUGCUAAAGUGGUUGUACUACUUGUUGUUGACAAAUUGACAAAGACACAUUGUUGUCAUUCUUUAUCUAAUUUCAUUCUCUGGCACAGCGAUAGUUUACUGAUUAAGUUAUUAGAGUUGUUGUUGUUAUCACUUGGCCUCCCCCUUCUUUCUCUUUCCCUUUCUCUAUGUUCCUCUCUCCCUCUCCUUCUAUUUCUGUCGCUGUCAGACUCCAAGUCUGUCACACCCAUUUGAUUAAAGACUUACUCUUGCUCCAAUUCCUCUUCUUCUCUCCCUCUUCCCCUCUCUCUCUUCCCUUCUCCCUAUCCCAGUUCAUCCUCACCUCUCCUUCUCAUCUGACAUGCUCUUCAUGUAUAAAAUAAAUAAAUGUUGUUCCAUUUAUUUAUUUUUUAUAUUCCAAAAACAAACGUAUACAUACGAACAACAAUUUACAGACACACAAACAAUGACUACAUUUCAUCUGCCCAGUCCCCCAUGCUCACAUCCCCAUCCCUAGUGCCUGCAUUAUUGUUUGCCACUUGGCCUUAAAUUGUACCAAUUAGUUUUUCUUGGUCGUCCAUGCUUUUUCAAUAAUAAAUCAUUUGAUUUUUCCAUUGUGUCAAUGAUGGUGGAUUGAUUGACUUCCAAGUUUUUAGUAUACGUUUUUUCAAGAUGAGUGAGGAGAAAAUAAUCGUCCAGCCCAUUGGGUAUCUCACUACACCCCCAUAUGCCAUGUCUUGAAAUAUGCAGACAGACAGAUUAAAAGUAAGUUUACAUUGUAGUACUUCUGACAGACAACUUUCUAGCUCCGCCCACAACUUCUGGACUUUAUAGCAUUCCCAGAAAGCAUGGAUUAUUUAGUAAUUAUUAGUAUUACACUUGAGAGAUGACUCUGCCGUUGUGCUGUAGAAUUUGUGGAUUUUGUCUCUUGUAUAAUGCAUUCUAUACAUUAGUUUAUACUGGAUUAAGCGUACAUUUUCAUUAAAUGUAAUUUUGUUAGUUAUGCUCCAACUUUCCCUCCAUCUCAGUUCUUUUAAAAUCUUGUUUCCAAUAGUUUAUAUUUUUUUCUAAGAGAUUGUCAGUUAGAUAUGAUCUCUGCAAAGUUUUAUAUAUCUUCCCUAUCAUAUGAACAUCCUUUUCUGACUCAAAUAAGAUUCCCUCAAGGUUACUCUGAUGUCCAAAAGAUUUGAAAUAUAUAUUUCGUGAUAUGUAACUUUUAAGUUGCAUGUAUUUGAAACUAUCUACAUUGGUUAGUCCAGAAUUACUUUUUAAUUCUGUAAUGGAAAUAAAUGUAUUUCCUGUUAACAAGUCAUUUACGGUUUCUAUGCCUUUAGUUUAUGCAUGUGGGCCAAUUUAUCAAUGAAUUCUGAAAAGCUAUUCAAGGAUUGUUCCAUAAGGUUGUGUUUCUAGGGAGUGACAUUGGUUCUUGUAAAAUACGUUUCAUUUUGUUCCAUAUCGUUAUAGUGUUCUUAACUAUGAAGAUGUUAAUGUUCUUAGAUUUAUCCUUUGAAAAUUGACACGUAAAAAGAUUCUGGGGAUGAGCAUGUGCAUCUUCAAUAUGUACCCAUUGUUUCUCUUUAGUGCAUAUGUUGCAAGUAAAAGCCUUAGGUAGCGAGUUGAUACAAUUCCAAGUCUGGAAGGUUAAAACCACCCUCAGACUUAGGAAGAUGUAAAACUUUCUGUUUUAUUCUAUGACUUUUAUUUGCCCAUAUAAAGUCAGUUAUGACCGAGUAUACUUUUUAAAAGAAUGUCUUGGUAUUACCGAAAAUAAAUACAAAAACCUUGGCAGCCAUGCCAUUCUAAAGAGGUUUAUUCUACCUGUAAGAUUUAUGGGAUGAUUAUUCAAUUUAAUUAGAUCUGCUUUCAUGCAUCUUCAAAGUGGUAGGCAUGUUGUGUAAAUCAAAUGAUACAAACCCCCCAAAAAUCCAUUUUAAUUCCAGGUUGUAAGGCAACAAAAUAGGAAAAAUGCCAAGGGGGGUGAAUACUUUCACAAGCCACUGUAUUGUUGAGUAAUAGAAUAAAGUUAUAUUGAUAUAUUUGUUGUUUGUUGUCAUUUAUUAAGCAUCCUAAGUAUUUUGUCUUUUUGUAGUCCACUUAAAGGAUUGCUGUAGAUCGUGAGCUAUUCUUUUUCUUUUUCCUAUUGCCAUUAUUUCAUUUUUCCACGUACAUUUUAUAACCUGAGAUCUUUGAAUUAUCUGAAAAUAUUUUUAUCAAAUGGGGCAUUGAGUUUUCAAAAUUAGUCAGGUAUAUCAGGAGAUCAUCUGCAAAUCAUUCUAUGUUUACCAAUACUGAUACCUGUUACGUUUGAGUCCUGUCUAAUUCUUUCUGCAAGCUUCAAUUGCCAGUGCAAACAGGAGGGGGGAGAGGGGACAUCCCUGUCUUGUGCCCCUUUCUAAAACAAUUUAAUCCGAUAAUGUAUUAUUCAUGUAUAUUUUUGCUUUAGGACAUUUAUACAAUAGUUUUAUUUAAUUUAUUAUUUAAGCUGGAAAGUUGAAAGCUUACAAAGUUUUUAAUAGAAAAGGCAAUUCAAGAUGAUCGAAAUACUUUUCUGCAUCAACAGCCAUUAUUGAUGAAUCUUUAAAAAUAUAUAUUUAAUUUUAUUGAAUAUUAAAACAUAAUCUACUUGCAGUGAAGCGGCUCAACAUCUACAUCACAUUCAGUCAUCUAACAGACUCCCAUCCAGAGCGACCCACAGAAGCAACCAGGGUCAACGCCCUGCUCUAUCUUGUUUUUUGCGUGUUGUGUUAAACUGAAACAUGUUCUUGUAUUUGUUUGUAAGUGUCUAUUUUUACUAAACCCUGUUUGGUUUAUAUGUAUGAAGUCUAUAAGACUUUUGCCAUUUUAUUGCUUAUAAGCUAUUUUAUUGUCACAAUUUAAUAAAGUUAUGGGUCUAUAAUCAGCAAGAGACUCUCCAGAUUUUCCUGGUUUUAAUAUAACUGUAAGCUAUAAAAACAAAUAAAGAGAGUCGCACACUCUUUAAUAUAACUGAAAUAACUGUUUGAUACAUGGAACUAGGAAGUACUGAAUUAAGUGACGUGUGUUGUAAUUUGUGUAAAUAGGGGGGCUACUUUAUCCCAAAAUGUUGAGUAGAAUUAUAUGGGAAAGCCAUCCAUUCCUGGUGCUUUUCUCUGUGUGAAUGUUUUAACAGUAUUUAAUAUUUCUUCUUGGGUUAUCUCUGUUUUUAAUGAUUUUUUUUGUGUGCUGAUAGUUGCUUCAUAGUUGUUGAGUCUAAGAAGGCUAUAGGAUCCGUCCCACUGUUGUUUAAUUCUGAUUUAUAUAAAUUUUCAUAGAAACUUUUAAAAUUGUCAUUAAUCUCAUUGUUGUUUCUAAUUGCCACUUUUGUAUCUUUAUCUUUUAAAAUUAUAUCUGGUUUAGCAUGAAUUCAUUUUAUGAGAGCUGCGAGAUAUUUACCAGGUUUAUUUGCCAUUAUGUAGUAUGCUUUAUUUGAGAUUAACCUGUAGUUGGCUCUCUUCAGAAAUAAAAUAUCAUAUUCCUGCUUAAAUUCAGAUUUUAUUUUCUUCUUUACCUAAGUUAGUGAUUUAUUUUUCUUAAAUUUUAAUUUUGAAGUCAGAUUGAACUUUUGCAGAGUAUGAGAUGAUCAUUCCCCUAAUGUACGCCUUAAAGGAAUCCCAAAUUAUAUCGGGGUCGGCUUUUCUCUGUCCUCUAUGUUUACAUUUGUAAUGGUAAAGGUUUGAAUGUUUUCAUUUACGUAUUUAAUAACAUUCGGGUUUAGAAGAUGUGCUCUGUUCAUUCUCCAAAUUCUGUCGCUAAAUGUAUUUUCUAUUGGUGUUAUUAAGCAUGAUACCGGAGAAUGAUCCGAUAUCACUAUGUCAUGAAUUUUUCUAUCCAGUAAAUUGUUGUGUAUUUUUGAGAAAAAUAAAUGUUGUCAAUUCUUGAAUAGCUUUUCUUACUUUGAGAAGAAGAAGGAAUAGUAUUUUGUAGUUGAGAAUAGUAAUCUCGUGUUGUCCUGUAAAUCAUUUGUAGAGAUGACAUUUUUCAGCCUCUUUGGAGGCUCCCUAAAUAUGCCUGUCAAUCUUAUCAAAUGUAUGAUUUAGGUCACCUGCUAAAAUAAUAGUUCCUGUCUGGAUUUAAUCUAAUAUAGCUUGCAUUCUAUCUAAAAACACCAGAUGUGCCCCUGGUGGAAUAUACAAUGUAAGGUACAAUUCAACAUUAGAAAAUGGCCUUCUUGGUCCAUAUGCUGGGAUAUAAGGGAAAAUGGUGUAAUCUUAUUUAUCAGGAUGCCUACACCUCUGCUGUUACUACAGUAGGUGGCAUCAUAGGCCUCUCCAACCCAGCUCCUCUUUAAAUGUUCAUAAAAAAUAAAGAAAAUAUAACUUUAGGUGUUUGAGAACCAUAUGCUUUUUUUCCCAUCAUGGAGCCCGUGGACAUUCCAUGUGAUACGUAUUUUUUUUGUUGGUCUGUACUUGUAUAGAAUCAAACUUAUCGUUAUCUGUUCUGUCUAUCAUUGAAGACCCAAGUAAAACAUUUUAACAGACAUGACAUAUGAGGGCGGUGGGCAUUCCAUAGAAUGUGUGGAUCAUAGUAUAAAUACAUAGUUAUUGUAUACAUUACAUGUAUAGAGCAUGUGGGCAUGUGGGCUGAGCAGACAUUUGACCAAAAAAAACAAAAAACACAAACAAAUCAAAUAAAGCAAAGUACUGGCAUGCUGACAUGCUCUUCAGACUGAUAUUGUAGGAGAGAUGGGAUCUAGACUGAGGAGCAGUGUUUAGUCCACUAGUGUUUGGGAUGUAUUUGACCUUUGAGCUCAAGAGCAGAGCAGUAGGGAAUCCUGGGACGUCCCCACAAAGGGGGAUGCCACUGGAUGCCAGGACUGAGGCCUCUCAUCAAAGAUGAACAAUCCCCUGUCCUGCGUGUGCCAAUAUGAUGGACUUACUGUAUAAUGUAGCUAUUAAUUCAGAAAGGCCAGUAAUGGAAGACUCCAUCUCCCUCUACUUCCCGCCUCUCCUACCCUCUUUUAGUUUCUUAGUAUAUAAAGUAAUAACCAUAUUGACUUCCCUCCCUUCCCCUCUCUAGCCCAGUAUCUGGCCUGGUGAGCCCGUAUUGAUGAUGUUAGAUGAUCUGGAGUUCCAGUGGAGGAGGGGGCGUCUGCCGAACCUUCUCCCAGCCAUGGAGCUGGUCAUGUGGGUCGUGCUGAGUGCAGACAGCCCUGACAAGGUAUGUGAGUUUCUAUGAGUCAACUAAAAAUAAUAAUACAAAUAAUAAAAACUAACAACCUUGCCUGUCUUGAACUAAUACUCACACUUUUCCUUUCUUACUAGCACUGAUUUGCUGAUAGCUACUUAUUGAGGAAACUAUUUGUUUACUAUGAUUGUGAUAUGCGGUUGUCUCUCUUAGCUACUACCUUAAGAUGAAUACACUAACUAUAAGUCACUCUGGAUAACAGCAUCUGCUAAAUGACUAAAAUGUUAACGUAAAAUAACUGAUUAUCAAUUAAUAUGCCUGAAUAGAUACACAUCACACAGAUAAACUCACUCAAGCCUAUCCUCUGUGUUUGCAGGAGGAUGUAACCAAGCAGUGGCUGAUCAGAAAACAGAGGAGUCAGAAGAUAGGUGUGUAGAGCUUUGACCUGUUGAAGUCAUCAAGAAAGCGUUAGGUCUAGAUUCAAUCAGGUCAAGUGUUAACCCGCGCUAGCCGACCCCCGCAUAGCUGGUGUUUUGGUGGUGCAGGAGGUGUACAGUGGCUUGCGAAAGUAUUCACCCCUCUUGGUAUUUUUCCUAUUUUGUUGCCUUACAACCUGGAAUUAACAACAUGCCUACCACUUUGAAGAUGCAAAAUAUUUUUUGGGGUGAAACAAACAAGUAACAAGACAAAAAAACAGAAAACUUGAGCAUGCAUAAUUAUUAACCCUCCGCUCCCUCAGCUGCCUACACAGUUCCUCUCGCCGUGCCUCUACUCUCACAUUCUCCCUUAUUGCCUCCAGUAGCUCCACCCUCUGAACCACUAACUCUUGCUCCCUCUGGACCAAUAGCCCCCUUAACCUGGUGGCCUCCUCACCCAACCUCCCAAUACGCCCUGUAGCUGCCUCCUGCUGCCCCGUCGCCCAUGCCGUGUGCCCCCCGCUAAAAAUGUUUUGGGGUUGCCUCUCGUCCGUCCGACGACGACACUGUUUACGCCGUUGCUCCUCUCUCCGUCGCGCCUCCACCGUCUCCUUCCACGGACGGCGAUCCAUCCCGGCCUGGAUUUCCUCCCAGGUCCAGGACCCCUGCCCGUCCAAUAUCUGCUCCCACGUCCAGGCUGCCUGCUCCUGGACACGCUGCUUGGUCCUGGUAUGGUGGGAUCUUCUGUCACGAUCGUUGAACGGAGUGGGCCAAGGCGCAGCGUGAUGAGCGAACAUACUUUAUUAUCAAAAGUGAUAACAAGAACAAAAACAACAAACGAUAACGACACGUGAAGUCCUUGGCUACAAAAUAAACCAACACGGAACAAACCAAAAGGAACAAGAUCCCACAACUACUGUGGGAAAACAGCCUGUUUAAAUGUGGUUCCCAAUCAGAGACAACCAGCAACAGCUGACACUCGUUGCCUCUGAUUGAGAACCACACUGGCCAACAUAGAAAUAGAACAACUAGACUAAUUAACAUAGAACACAAAACACAUAGAAUCUACACACGCUGGCUCAACAUAUAGAGUCCCCAGAGCCAGGGUGGGACAGGUUCUGCUGGUGUACAGCAAUCUUUAAGUCAUACCACAGAUUCUCAAUUGGAUUGAGGUCUGGGCUUUGACUAGGCCAUUCCAAGAUAUUUAAAUGUUUCCGCUUAAACCACUCAAGUGUUUCUUUAGCAGUAUGCUUAGGGUCAUUGUCCUGCUGGAAGGUGAACGUGUUUGCUUAUUUUCUUCUUUAAGCAAUGGCUUUUUUCUGGCCACUCUUCCGUAAAGCCCAGCUCUGUGGAGUGUACGACUUAAAGUGGUCCUAUGGACAGAUACUCCAAUCUCCGCUGUGGAGCUUUGCAGCUCCUUCAGGGUUAUCUUUGGUCUCUUUGUUGCCUCUCUGAUUAAUGCCCUCCUUGCCUGGUCUGUGAGUUUUGGUGGGCAGCCCUCUCUUGGCAGGUUUGUUGUGGUGCCAUAUUCUUUCCAUUUGUUAAUAAUGGAUUUAAUAGUGCUCCGUGGGAUGUUCAAAGUUUCCGAUAUCUUUUUAUAACCCAACCCUGAUCUGUACUUCUCCACAACUUUGUCCCUGACCUGUUUGGAGAGCUCCUUGGUCUUCAUGGUGCUGCUUGCUUGGUGGUGCCCCUUGCUUAGUGGUGUUGCAGACUCUGGGGCCUUUCAGGACAGGUGUAUACAGUCACAUAAUUAGUUAAAUAAAGUCCACCUGUGUGCAAUCUAAGUGUCACAUGAUCUGUCACAUAAUCUCAGUAUAUACAGUGGGGGAAAAAAGUAUUUAGUCAGCCACCAAUUGUGCAAGUUCUCCUACUUAAAAAGAUGAGAGAGGCCUGUAAUUUUCAUCAUAGGUACACGUCAACUAUGACAGACAAAAUGAGGAAAAAAUUUCCAGAAAAUCACAUUGUAGGAUUUUUUAUGAAUUUAUUUGCAAAUUAUGGUGGAAAAUAAGUAUUUGGUCAAUAACAAAAGUUUCUCAAUACUUUGUUAUAUACCCUUUGUUGGCAAUGACACAGGUCAAACGUUUUCUGUAAGUCUUCACAAGGUUUUCACACACUGUUGCUGGUAUUUUGGCCCAUUCCUCCAUGCAGAUCUCCUCUAGAGCAGUGAUGUUUUGGGGCUGUCGCUGGGCAACACGGACUUUCAACUCCCUCCAAAGAUUUUCUAUGGGGUUGAGAUCUGGAGACUGGCUAGGCCACUCCAGGACCUUGAAAUGCUUCUUACGAAGCCACUCCUUCGUUGCCCGGGCGGUGUGUUUGGGAUCAUUGUCAUGCUGAAAGACCCAGCCACGUUUCAUCUUCAAUGCCCUUGCUGAUGGAAGGAGGUUUUCACUCAAAAUCUCACGAUACAUGGCCCCAUUCAUUCUUUCCUUUACACGGAUCAGUCGUCCUGGUCCCUUUGCAGAAAAACAGCCCCAAAGCAUGAUGUUUCCACCCCCAUGCUUCACAGUAGGUAUGGUGUUCUUUGGAUGCAACUCAGCAUUCUUUGUCCUCCAAACACGACGAGUUGAGUUUUUACCAAAAAGUUAUAUUUUGUUUUCAUCUGACCAUAUGACAUUCUCCCAAUCCUCUUCUGGAUCAUCCAAAUGCACUCUAGCAAACUUCAGACGGGCCUGGACAUUUACUGGCUUAAGCAGGGGGACACGUCUGGCACUGCAGGAUUUGAGUCCCUGGCGGCGUAGUGUGUUACUGAUGGUAGGCUUUGUUACUUUGGUCCCAGCUCUCUGCAGGUCAUUCACUAGGUCCCCCCAUGUGGUUCUGGGAUUUUUGCUCACCGUUCUUGUGAUCAUUUUGACCCCACGGGGUGAGAUCUUGCGUGGAGCCCCAGAUCGAGGGAGAUUAUCAGUGGUCUUGUAUGUCUUCCAUUUCCUAAUAAUUGCUCCCACAGUUGAUUUCUUCAAACCAAGCUGCUUACCUAUUGCAGAUUCAGUCUUCCCAGCCUGGUGCAGGUCUACAAUUUUGUUUCUGGUGUCCUUUGACAGCUCUUUGGUCUUGGCCAUAGUGGAGUUUGGAGUGUGACUGUUUGAGGUUGUAGACAGGUGUCUUUUAUACUGAUAACAAGUUCAAACAGGUGCCAUUAAUACAGGUAACGAGUGGAGGACAGAGGAGCCUCUUAAAGAAGAAGUUACAGGUCUGUGAGAGCCAGAAAUCUUGCUUGUUUGUAGGUGACCAAAUACUUAUUUUCCACCAUAAUUUGCAAAUAAAUUCAUUACAAAUCCUACAAUGUGAUUUUCUGGAGAAAAAAAAUCUCAAUUUGUCUGUCAUAGUUGACGUGUACCUAUGAUGAAAAUUAUAGGCCUCUCUCAUCUUUUUAAGUGGGAGAACUUGCACAAUUGGUGGCUGACUAAAUACUUUUUUCCCCCACUGUAUAUACUGAGAUUAUGUGACAGAUCAUGUGACACUUAGAUUGCACACAGGUGGACUUUAUUUAACUAAUUAUGUGACUUCUGAAGGUAAUUGGUUGCACCAGAUCUUAUAUAGGGGCUUCAUAGCAAAGGGGGUGAAUACAUAUGCACGCACCACUUUUCCGUUAUUUAUUUUUUAGAAUUUUUUGAAACAAGUUAUUUUUUUCAGUUCACUUCACCAAUUUGGACUAUUUUGUGUAUGUCCAUUACAUGAAAUACAAAUAAAAAUACAUUUAAAUUACAGGUUGUAAUGCAACAAAAUAGGAAAAACUCCAAGGGGGAUGAAUACUUUUGCAAGGCACUGUAACUGUGUUGGAGCUGCCAAAUCGAUGAGCGGGUGCUCGUGGUCAUUGUCAUGAAGCCACACCCGUCCCAAUCACGUUAGAAGUUGAGAAAUUGAAAGUGUAGGCUAUAUAGAAAUAAUUACACUCAAAUUAAAAAUCAUAAAAUGAAAUAAUAAGGAUUUUUAUCAGCCUAAUUGAGAUUAGGUUAAAUACUAGUGUUCAAAUUUGUAAACACAGCUGCAUGGGAUUUCUAAAUGUGACUCUGUGCAGCCAAUGGCAAUGUCCACAAUAGAUAUAAUGCCGGGAGCCUCUUGUGGAUUUGACUGCUCUAAAGCCUGUCGCAUGCUUCCCAUUCGAAACAGUUUGCGCAUAUAUUGUGAUGACAUUUUGUGACGUUUUGGUGUUCGUCAGUUUUUUUUUCCGGUUGUUUGAGCGCAUUACAUUUUUUCUUGAGGCAAGUCAAAGUUUGGUUACCGAAGUCUACGCCCCUUCGUCGGUGAUUGGUCAACAGUACUACUCCUAGUAGGAGCGGGAACUAUGGAUGGGAUUCUUUAAUUAAUUGUUUGUUGUCAUUCAAUGAGAGACGACUAGUUUUCAUGCACAAUUUUUUACUUGAGAUAUACUGCACCAAACAUCUUAGUUAGAUGUGAAAUUGCGCGACUAAGACCUCCUCGGAAGAAACAUCAAAAUGUAUUACAGAUUUCUUAAUUUAUCUUAGAUUAAUUCUGACUAUUUUGAGGAAGUGUUAUUUGCUAUGUUGUUGCUACAGCGUCUAAAGAGUGACAAACAGUAAUAUUGAUGCUUUUUUCUCAUUUUUCAAGCGAAGGCCUUUUAAAGGAGUAUGCGAGGCACAGACGUUCGCUAGUAGCAAACCGAACCUAGAAUGUGGGCGCCUUAACGCAGUACCACCUCUGACACCGCCAAAAGAACAGCAACAGGGUGUCGGCUAGCGCAAAUCUGAUUGAAUCUAGCCCUUACACAAGUAUAACAGCAAUCAGUAACAAAGAUAUGUUGGAGGUCACAGGUGUGUCAAUGUGUGACAAUGAGAGAUGAUGACUAGUUUGAUUAUGCCACUAAGUAUUGAUGAAGGGUAAUGAUCGAUCAGUGGUCAAGAUAUCACAUCAGCGCAAGGUGGGCACAGGCUAGCCCACACCAAGCCCACACUAGCCCAGCACGGGCUAGCCCACAGCCAUCCCACAUCAGCCCAACAUGGGCUAGUCAAGCAUGGGCUAGCCCACAACAAGCCCACACCAAGCCCAACACAGGCUAGCCCACUCCAAGCCCUGCUACUUCACAAUGUAGAGGCGGGGGUUCAUUCGAAUAUUUGGGGGCAUGGUUUACACACAGUUGUUUUUGUGUAACCUGUUACUGAGAGUGUCGUUCCAGUUUAAGUGUUCUGUUGUGUGAUGCAAAUUAAUUCUGAUCUUCAAAAAAAAUUAGAUAAGUGCAUGUGACAUAUGAGAAACUUAGUAGUUUUUCUUGUAAAAAUAUAUGUAUGAUAGUUGUCAUUCGCUAAAUACCUUUGAGGGUUUAAUAAUAUAUCAAAUGUACAAGGUGGACAGCUCACAUAGGGGAAUUAUUUUAGCCCACAUCGGGCCGACAUCAUGCCAAUGUGGGCAUGUUUGCUGGGAAAAUAUGGGUUUAUUUUAGGCAAUGAGGGCUGCCCUCACCAGAUAUGGGCUGCACAUCAGCCCAGUGUGGGCAGCCUACAUGGGGCCAAUAUUUUUGCCCGCAUUGGGCCCACAUUGUGCCAAUGGGUGUGUUUACACAGGCAGCCCAAUUCUGAUAUUUAUUUCCACUAAUUGGUCUGUUGCCCAAUUGCAUCAGACGUUUUCACAUCAGAUCUUUAGUGAAAAGACCAAUUAGUACAAAAAAUUAUCCGAAUUGGGCAUGUUUGCUGGGAUGGUUGAGUAAUCACUUGAAGUGCUGCCAAUUGGUAUUGAUAAAAUAUUAAAGAAAGAAUGAACUACGGUAGAUACCAGAGGAAUGGACAAACAUGCCUGAGUCCUUUGCAGUUACGUAACAGAAAAUGAGUUAAAAUUGAACAUUAACAGUAUUUUAACCCCAGUUUUGUUUACACUUUCAGAUGCAGCCCGCUACAUUCCCCACAAUGGUAUGUGAAACUCAUGCUGGACUCAUGCUUUAUUGAGGAGUAAAGGAAAUUGUAAAUACAGUCAUCCCAUUUCUUACCCUAACAACUUUUUUUUUCAGUAUGGAAUUGGAUCUGUGAUGCUGCAGAGGAAGUGACCCUUGACCCCAAGACAGCCAACCCUGACCUCAUCCUCUCCGAUGACAAUAAGCGCAUGUGCUGUGGCCUGGAGCGGCGCGACGUCCCUAACUGCACGCGCCGCUUCGACGGCUGGUGGUGCGCUCUGGGAAACGAGGGCUACACCUCUGGGCGCCAUUACUGGGAAGUCGAAGUGGGCGACCGGGACUGGCGGCUGGGCAUGGCUAAAGCCUCCGCCCAAAGGAAGGGUUACAGUUCCCUCAACACAAAGACGGGCUACCUCACCCUGCGGCUGGAGAGGGGCUCGGACCUCAAGGCCUUGACGGUGCCUUCCACCCCACUGGCCCAGAUGCUGGUCCCCAGGAAGGUGGGGGUCUACCUGGACUAUGAGCAAGGCCAGCUCUCCUUUUAUGACGUGGAGAAGAGGUCCCACAUCUACACGUACAAUGAGACCUUCACAGAGAGACUGUUCCCUGUGUUUGGGACUGUAGAGGUGGUGAAGGAUCUGGUGAUCAGGCCGGCACAGACCAGGGAACCCUGCCUCUGCCCUGGACCCUGUCUCUGGUGCUGAGCUAAGUGCUGAGAUAACAUACUGCUCGUGGUCAUUGUCAUGAAGCCGCACCCAUCCCACUCACGUUAGAAGUUCAGAACGAGAACGUGUAGGCUAUAUAGAAAUAAUGAUGCUCAAACUGAAAAUCAUUCAACGAAAUAAUGAGGAUUUCUAUGAGCCUAAUCAAUGUGUAGAUUACAUCACACAUUCCAGUGUUCGAACUUGUAAUCAAGGCUGCAUUGGAUUUCUAAUAAUGCGACUCCGUGCAGCCAAUGGCAAUGUCCACGAUAGGUAUAAUACUGGGAGCCACUUGUGGAUUUUACAGCUCUAACACAGUUCCACCUCCAACACCGUCAAAACACAGCAAUGCCAGUGUCGGGUAGCGCAGAUCUGACUGAAUCGAGCCCUUAAUAUUGUAAACGUAGCAAUAUUCUGUGUCAAUUCCAGGCUUGUGGAGUGCAGGCUUUUGUUCUACUCAAGCCCUAACACACCUUAUUCAAUGGUUUGAUGAUUAGUUGAUUAGUUGAAUCAGGAAUGUUAGAGUUAGACUGGAACAAAAGCCUGCACUCCUCAGGACCAGGGUUGAAGAACAGUCAUUACCCCCUCCCCAACACUUUUUCUCUUACAGUGCCUUCAUACCAGCUUAUACCCUCUGGGAAUGAAGUGGUAACUAUUUGUAUUGGUUGUUAAAUUGCCAUAGUAUUUCAUGGUAUAAAGACACUGUAAAAGAAAGUGCUGCCCAAAUUACCCAAAGAUCCAAUGUAGUUGAGAUUAUGUAGUUCAGUGAGAGCUUGCACACAGAAGAAAGACAGCACGCAGUAGUCUCAUAACGUAUAUCAGCAUAUUUUUGGAAGUUGCGGUUGAUAUUGACAGUGUGUAUAAUGGUGUGAACAAUGCUUUUUUUCAGUCAUCAAUAAAUUAACACAAUUCUCAAAGAUCUGUUUGUCGGUUUGUGGUCUAAAAAGGUUAUGAGAAUAGAUAGAAAUGCAACUAUAGCAUUGAGGUUUAUAUUCAAUCUUUAUUAAAUGCCAUAAAAUGGACAUGCCAGAUAUAAAAAACAAAAAGCUGAUUAUUAUAUGAACGUUACAUGAAGUAACUGAUGAAUAGCUAUGAAGACAAAGUAUAAACAUUUAUUUUUGGUAUAUUUAUGAAAUAUCAUUAUGAAUUAUAUUUCAAAAAUCAUCAAAUUCAUCUUCUACUUUCGACAAAUAUAAUUAUUUUCGCCAUAUAUAUCACUAAGUGUAAGAACUUGUUACAAUGGACAGUAUUUAGAAUUGAACCAAAGCACAGCAUAAAAAUACAUUAUAAAGAGAAUACAAUCUUUUGUCACAAAACAUAUCCCUCAGAAAUAUCAGGACCAAGUUUUCUAUCUAUGCUAGAAUAUAUUAGUUAGGUAUAACAUGCUUGUAGACUGAAGCUCUCUUUUUAAAACAAUUAUACAGUAAUGAGAUAUCAACAUUGAUAGCGACUGUUUUCUGGAAGUUUUGCCCCACGUGGGGCGAGUUUCAGCCAAUGAGCUGAGCGUCAGCCCCUCGCCAUUUGAGUGACAGAUAGCAAGAUGCACACACAGCAGCGCGAGAGAGAGAGAAAUGACGUGGUGCACAUAUCUGCACAUAUGUGACGUGGUAUGAAUUUCAGGGACCACUUUUCGCUCGUGAGCGCUACUUUCAGAACUACUGGCUAAAAAGUAUACACACGUACCAGAGAAUCUCAUUAACUUUGUUCAGCAUGGGAAAUGUAAAAAAUAAUAAUAAUAUGCAAAACCAUAGGAAACAUAUUUUUACACAAACAAUACAUUGCAAUAAAGUAUUUGGCAUCAACAUUCUGACAUAAAAAAAACACGUCAGCCUAAUAUAUUUCAUGUUUGUAAUAGUAAUGACUGAGUAUCACCAACAAUCGAAUAAUACGAUUCUCUAUGAACCCCUACAAACAAACAUAGUCAAGGGUACAGGCAGGCGGUUGCUACAAAAUGGGACAACCUGUGAUAUGUGGUUGUCCCACCUAGCUAUGUUAAGAUGAGUGCACUAACUGUAAAUCGGUCUGGAUAAGAGCGUCUGCUAAAUGACUAAAACGUAAAAAAUGCAAAUGUAAUACAUUUAACAAACUGCAGACAUCUAGUAGCCAUAGCAGCCAGCCAGUACAAACACUUGUACACACUCUCCCUCCAUUUAUCUCUCAGCUAAUCUCUGCCAAGAGAUAUUAACACUAGCAGGGGCUCUACUUUAAACUAUUGAGAUACGACCUCAGAUUAGUGUAAUAGCCUAAUCUAAAACCUCUGGGCGUAAUACCAGGUAGAACCAAUAGAGGGAGCCAUGAGUAUUGUGUGUAAAAAUUGUCAAACUUCCAACAAGACCUCUUUGUGGGGGUGGUAGUGUUCUUUGAAUGUAAAAUGUUUUCAACAAAAUAGAAAGAAGCGACAAAACCAUAAACAAAAGACUGACAAGAAUGAAAUUAAUCCCAUGUCAGACAGAGGGCAGGACAGGUCAGGAUCCACUGUAACAGACAGAGAGGAGAGGAGGAUGUGUUGGGCCUCAUGGACACCGCCAUCUUGUUGUUGACCUUUGACCUCAGGCCUCAUAGAACGACCUCUCGACCUUCUUGGUGACGCUGCUGGAGCCGGCCACCUGCAUGCUCCUCUGGACCACCUCCUUUGUCACGUGA